AUGAUGCGUGUUCCUCGACAAGCAUUUUCCACUGCCGCCCGUAUCCACCCCAACAUUGUUCCUCACCUUCGUCCCCAGAGAAGAAUGUCUUUUGGUAGAUGGGCCAAGCCCGUCGCGGCUGUUGUAGCUGUUGGCUACGGAGCAAAGCUCUCUCUAGAGAUGGUCGCAACAAGACGUAUUGCUCAGAUGGAAGCCACAGAGCGUGAGAAUGCCGCCUACCGAGAGCGAAACGAGGCCCUCAUGAACAUGUACGGCGACAGAUCAAGUCUCGAAGAACUCGAAAAGGCCGUGCAAUUUUACGAGAAACGAUAA